AUGGCGAGCAGCGCAGAGUCCCCGGAUGGGCAUGCCAUCCCUCGUCUGGUGCACCAGACUGCGCCCACUGAGCGCUCGCGAUGGGACCCUCGCUGGGAGCAUUGUCAGAAGACAUGGAUGCGCGUGUGCGCCAGCUGUCGCUACAUCUUGUGGGAUGACGAUGCCUUGAGAGAGCUCGUGCGAGAAGCGUUUCCUGAGGAGCUGGAUGUUUAUGACCAGUAUGAAGAACACAUCCAACGAGUGGAUUUUGCACGGGCCGCCAUGCUCUACCUGCAUGGAGGUCUCUACGCGGACAUGGACAUAGAACUCUUCCAGGACCCCUUCCCCCACCUGCCCGCUGGGCGGGUGAGCCUGGUGGCUUCUCCUUAUGUGGAGAGCGAGCGGCAUCAGAACUCACUGAUGGCCUCAGCACCAAGGCAUCCAUUUUGGCUGGCCUUUGUACAAGAAGCUCGCCGACGCUUUCAGAAUCGAAGCGCCUACAGGACUACGUGGCAACUCACUGGACCUCAGAUGCUGGACGCACUGGUUGAAAAGACGUCGUCCUCGUGGCUGCACGUGCUGCCUGCGGAGCUCUUCAACCAGGCGAUGCGGUCGCCGGGCUUUCGAUCUCCCAAGAUCAUCGCGCGGCACUUCUGCACGAGCGUGUGGACCCAUGAGAUGCACACAGAGAGCAUGCGCCUUCAUCAAGCAGCACGAUCAGGCGAUUUGGACCAGGUGCGCAGUGCUUUGUCCGCUCGUGCCGAUUUAAGCAGCAGCGACUAUGCUGGUCUUACGGCCUUGCACCAUGCAGCGCUUCGUGGCGAUGCUCGGAUGGUUGAGCUGUUGGCUUUGCUGAAGGCCGAUGUCUCGGCUCAGGACAAGAAUGCCACCACACCUUUACACUACGCGGUGCAGCUCUCACAUGUGCAGGUGCUUCGAGUCUUGCUGGCCGCCCAGUGCAGCUUGGAAGUCCAACUGCUCCAGGGCCCUUUGGCAGGAUGCACUCCCUUGGAUUUGGCGCGAAGGAUCUGCCAAAGCCCAAAUUCAGAAGUACUUCAACUGUUGGAGGAAGCGAAGAUCAAGCAGCGAGGGGAGAAAACCGGAGCGCUGUCCGCGCGGCGCCUGGCCUGGCCCCGUUUCCGGCGGAGGUCACCGUGA